UUCCAAGCCGAGGGUGACAGUAGCUCUGUGAGAUUAUCAUGAGAGCUGAACAUUUAGAGGCUGGGGUUGGGACACGGUGUUGAAGUAAAGCAGGAGCAGGUGUAAGGAGACAGCAGAGCGAGAGAGUGUGAGAGAGAGAGAGAGAGAGAGAGAGAGAGAGAGAGAGAGAGAGAGAGAGGGAGAGAGAGAGAGAGAGAGAGAGAGAGAGAGAGAGAGAGAGAGAGAGAGAGAGAGAGAGAGAGAAAGAGAAACAGGGUUGAAGUUGGACAGACGACACAAUCGGCUUCAGGUAAACGCACUGUCUCUUCUGUCUAAAGACUUCCCACUGGAGCCACCAAAUCCUUUAACCGAUGGCAACAGUCCAGGCCUUGCCUUUGACCCAACAUCCCAGCAAGAGCAUCAGUGCCAUUUACCCAUCAUCCUCUCUGGCAUCUGCUGACUGCGUCAUGGGUAGCGUUGGCAGUCUGAUAGAAAAACACGACGUAGCACCCACCAAAGGUAACAAAGCUGUUCCUCAGGUCCCACACCGGCAGAGCAAAGGGCAGAACAGGAAGGGCUUCAGCCAGCGAGAGCUGCUGAACUACCUGAACAUUACCAAGGAGCCGAAAGCAGGCAAGCACAUCGUCUUCGGCAGCUCGUCUAUCAAGAGGGAGCAUUCCAAAGAGGAGGAGAACCUCUACACCAAGGUUUAUCAUAAAGACGGCAAAGAGGUUGACUUGGGGAAGAAUUCUCUCCCGAUACGUGGCAAAUUUGACAAGCCUCGUUUAAGGUCGUCCGCCUUUAAGCCAGUGACACCAAAGAGCUUUAGCUCCGUGCAGAACCUUUACCCGUCCAAGUCCGAGGAACUGAUGAACGACAAGCACUUGUUCUAUUCCAAGACGACAUCCAAAUCUCUAUCCACGUCGUCCUCUUCCUCUUCUCCUUCACGGGUGGGUACCAGCGCCAACAAGGGUGUCCUGGCAGUGCCCCAUGAAGAGGAGACAGCCUCAGACUCUGGUCAUAACUCAGUGAGCAGCCUGCCAUCGUACCGCCCUCCAUUCCGCCCCCACCUGGGGCAAAUCAGUGCCUCCAUGGGACAUAUCGAGCACAUUGGCUCCCUCGAGCGGACCUCAGCAGGCAUGGUAGGUGUCUGUGCUCUAAGUACGGCACCAGAGUCCUACGAGCUCUCACACUCUCUGGAGGACGUAGUGAAAGACCUGGAAGAGCGACUGCAGGAGAAGGAGCAUGAGCUUUGGCAGAUGCGGAGGAAUCUGGAUGAGAGUGAGGAUGCCAUCGCACAGGUUAGCGUUCACAAGCAGGAGGUGUUUGAGGGGAAGCAGCGUCUGUGGGAGAAGGAGGUAUCGGAGCUGAAGCAGCUCUACACAACUAAGCUGCGUCAAGUAUCCCAGCAUUCUCAGCGCUCCCAGCGUGCCCUGCAGCUACAGCUCUACAAGGCUCAGCACGAGCGUAGCCGAGCACAGGACGAAGUGAACACGCUGCGUCGCAAAUAUCAGAGCCUGCAGAAACAGGGCGGGGUUGGGCGGAGCCAGGAGCUUCAACCGCAGCUUGAGGAGACCCAAUGGGAGGUGUGUCAGAAAGCAGGUGAGAUCUCCUUGCUGAAGCAGCAGCUCAAAGACUCCCAGGCCGAGGUUACUCAAAAGCUCAGUGAGAUCUUCCUGCUGAAGACACAGCUGAGAGAGGUACGUCAGGAACUGAGCACCAAAGACGGCCAGCUGGACACGCUGCAAGUGGCACUACAGACCGCACUCCGCAAGUGUUCUCUGGGGAAAUCGGUGCAGAACCUGACCUCCAACCAGACCCCAGGCGAGGACAGCAAGUCGAGCAGCGCCACAGAAGAGCGUCUCCGUGCCGAACUGUUGCUGGAGCGCCGUCAGAACGAAGCCCAGGCCUCAGCCUUUGAUGCCGAGCGUAGCACGUGGCAGCUGGAAAAGGAGAAGGUGCUUCGCUAUCAGAGGGAGCUGCAGGCCAGCUAUCUGGAAAUGUUUCACAAAAAUGAGAGCCUGGAGAGAGAACUGCAGCAGCUCAGAGGAGACGGGGCUGGAGCUGUGGUGGGCGGAGCUCAAGCAGAGCCCUCGGGUCUUCCCUGGAUUGAAAGGAUUGAGUCUUCUGAAAUCUGAAUAUAUAUAUAUACACACAUGAUAUAUACUGUAUGGAUCUCUAAUAUAUGUAAAUGUGAAUAUCAGAAUAUAUGUACAAAAAAGACUGAUGGAGCGAAACGAUAAAUGCAAUGCUUUUCUUUUUUUUCUUUUUUUUUUAAACAUUUGUAUUCAUAUUUAUGUAAAUGUGUGAAAUCUCAUUUGUGGAAAAAUACAGAUGAUUAUUCUGUGUGUAAGUGAGUAACAGAUGGGUUCUGAUUUUUAAAAAAAAAAGGAUUUGGGGAAGAAGUUUUCUCAUAAGACUUAAAACAUCUUGUAAAUAGAAUGCUGGUUUAUUAGAUCCAUUUUUUUUACUGUAUUUUCCAGAGGAUUCGACUUUCCAGUUCUUUUCAAGCUGGGUUUGGAUGAUCGACAUUUUGUGAUUUAAAAGUGGUUUGACUGAAUGAAAUGUGUGUAAUUUACCCCAAAUAAUCACCCAAAUCCUGGAUUCCACAACAUGAGCCGGAUGUACAUCAGCUGACACACAAUAAAACCCCCAUCAUGACUUAGCA